AAAGAUGGCGUCUCUCAGGAUAUGCAGCCUUGCAGCCGUGCUGGUGAUAGCUGUGUUCAGUCUACCAGCUGAAGGCAUCAAGUGCUACCAAUGCGUUGGUCUGGGAGGAAAAGUAAAGGGGAACAGUCCUUGUGUCGGAAACUACUGGGACACAGGCGCAGGGGAGUGCCCCGCUACUCAUAACUACUGCUACAUCGUACAGACCACCAGCGGAUUGUCGACCAUCGCCGUGGAUAGAGGUUGUGCGAACGUGACCAAGAGAGCCUACUGCAAUAGCCAAGCUGGACAGACAUACUGUUACUCCUGGUGCAACAGUAACAGCUGCAACAGCGCGACCUCCAUGGCGCCUGGGUUCCUGGCUAUCAUCAUUCCAACGAUCGCUCUCGUGUUGCUAGCCUGGACAGGGCUGUGAGCAGGCUCUUUCGGUUGUGUUUAUUGCAUAGCCUCUACCAGGCUUCGGGAGGCGGCUGGAAAGAGUAGAAAUUGACCAAAU